GACCAUCGGAGACUUGAGAUCACUCCACAAAACCCACAACAGGUACUACUUCAAAUCCCUCAAAGUUUCCAUUUUUAUUUCAUGGACGACAUAUUCGGAGAGUCUGUCAACUUGGAAGAGAUCCACAUCAAGCAAGGCUUCGACGACGGCCACAAAGACGGCCUCGUCGCCGGAAAAGAAGAGGCCGAGCAAGUCGGCCUCAAAGUCGGCUUCGAGGUCGGCGAGGAGCUCGGGUUCUACAAGGGCUGCGUCGACGUCUGGAACUCCGCCAUCCGGGUCGACCCGACCCGGUUCUCGACCCGGGUCCAGAAGGGCGUGAGGCAGAUGGCGGAGCUGGUGGAGAGGUACCCGGUUAUGGAGCCCGAGGAUGAGAAGGUGCAGGAGAUUAUGGAGGAGCUGAGGUUGAAGUUCAAGGCGGUCUGUGCUUCGUUGGGUGUGAAAUUGGAGUACAAUGGGCACCCUAGAGGCUCUUCUUCUGGGGCGAAAGACGGCCAGGUUGUUUUCUGGUGGGCUUGUUUUGUUAUCGUAAUCAAUGAUUUUCUACAGCUUGUGAUGUGCAGCAAGGAGGAGGGGAAAAUGUUAAAAUCGAUGCUUGGUUGCUGCAAGGUGUACAUAUCAGAAAGCAGAAACAAGCUUGCACUGGAGUCAAUUGAGCAGGCUGCUAAGCGAUUCUCAGAAGCACCCGUUGUCAAUAAGUUUGAAGAUGAAACCUACAAUAGAGUUGGCUACACUCUUGUCUCUAAGCUGGCUCCUAAGCCAUCUGGGGACCCUUGUCCCUUAAGGAUGGCUGUCCUUGCCAUGGUUAAGGCUGCUUUUGAAACCAUUGACCUUGAGUCGCACUGUGGAAGUCAUCCUCGGCUUGGAGUUGUGGAUCAUAUAUGCUUUCACCCCCUUCUGGAUGCUUCGUUGGAACAGAUGGCUGGUGUUGCAAACUCCUUGGCGGAAGACGUUGGCUCUAGUCUUCAAGUCCCUACAUUUCUUUAUGGAGCUGCCCAUGAAGAGAGGAGGACACUUGAUUCAAUUAGAAGAGAGCUCGGUUACUUCAAGCCAAACUCCAGCGGAGAACAGUGGGUUGGGGGUCCAAAAUCAGAAUACUUGGCACUGAAGCCAGACAAGGGUCCCCUUCAAGUGACUCAAGAGAAAGGUGUCAUUGUGAUUGGAGCAACCCGGUGGGUGGAUAACUAUAAUGUCCCUGUCCACUCUACUGAUAUCGCUGUUGUUCGUAGAAUUUCAAAACGUGUGAGUGGCAGAGGAGGUGGACUUCCUUCAGUCCAAGCCAUGGCACUCGCGCAUGGUGAAUCUGUCACGGAGGUAGCUUGCAAUUUGUUGGAACCACAGGAAGUGGGAGGAGAUAGGGUUCAGCUUGAAGUCGAAAGGCUUGCAAAGGAAGAAGGUUUGACAGUGGGGAAGGGCUACUUCACUGAUCUUUAUCAGGAAAAGUUAAUUGAAAGGUAUUUGCAGUCAGUUUCUGCUGAAGAGAAAUGAAAUAAGAACUUGGGAUAGUUUACUGUCAUACAGAUUCAUGAGUCGUCAACUUCCAUCUUAUAU